AGUCAAAAUCAUCCUGCAGGAUAUUUUUUUAGCUUGAGCCACAAUACAGGCAAAUACCACAGGAUAUUUUGACCAGAGAACAGCCAAUUAGAAUAACAAGGUCCUGCUGCACCACGAUCUCAGGUUUGGGCUGAAAGUCCAUCUACAGACAGACAAAAGCAUCCCCUAUAAGGAGAAGAGGAACCAGAAAAGAAGAUGAAGCUGUUUGUCAUUCUAGCACUUGUAGCAAUCUGUAGCAACACGGUGUCUGCAAGGAACUUGUCCCGUAGAAAGCCCUCAUGGCCGCACAGCACACGGGACACUCAUAGAGCGCGACCAUCAGCGAGGACAUGCCUGUUGGAGGACGGGACAAGCUACAGGGGCUCUGUCUCUGUGUCGGCAUACGGCCACAGUUGCCUCAGAUGGUUCAAGUUUGAAUGGACCUCAGAGGCCGCAAAGGGACUGGGCCCUCACAAUUACUGCAGGAAUCCUGACCAGAGCUUGACGCCAUGGUGCCGAGUCAAAAGAGGAACAAGGAUUGUGAGAGAACUGUGCAACAUUUCUAAAUGUCCCGUUCCAAAACCUCCUGCCCCGCCAGCUGUGGAUACAGAGCUGACAUGUGGCGAGAUGCCAUCACAGAGGAUGAAUAAGAUAGUGGGUGGUGCUAUGACAUCCAUAGAGUCCCAGCCAUGGGUGGCAGCCAUCUUCCAUCGGCGCAGUGGUUUUGGGUGUGGAGGCUCACUCAUCGCACCUUGUUGGGUUCUUACUGCUGCACACUGUUUCCCUGACGGUGAGAACACCAAAAUCCGGCAUCUGUCUGUAUACCUGGGGAAAAGUUACAUCAAUGACACUGAUGCUGACCGGGAGCAGAAGUUCACCGUGGAACAAAUGAUCAUACACCCCAAGUACAACAAUUCCUAUGGCAGCUACAACAAUGACAUAGCGCUGUUGAAGAUCAAGAGCCAGGAUGGCAAAUGUGCGGUGCGGACACCGUCUGUGCGGACAGUUUGCCUUCCUCCACAUCUCACCAUGCUUCCUCCAGGAGUUGAAUGCAGCAUCGCAGGAUUCGGCAAGGAAAGCGACAGAGCAUGGCACUUCUCUCAAUACCUGAAGCAGGCAAAGGUGACGCUGCUCUCCGAGAGCGACUGUAAACGUGAUCCUACAUAUGCCAGAGACCUGACCAGCAACAUGUUCUGUGCCGCGAGCCCUACCUGGAGCACUGAUUCCUGCCAGGGUGACUCUGGCGGUCCCUUGGUGUGUGAAGUUUCGGGCCGGAUGUUUGUGUUCGGGGUGGUGAGCUGGGGCGAAGGCUGUGCCAAGCAGGACAAACCAGGAGUUUAUACACGUGUCACCAACUACAACAACUGGAUCGCAAUGAAAACCGGCCUCCCUGCCUAUGCAGCAGGAGUCAUGUAUCCCACAAAGUGAUGCUUUGAAA